AUGAAGGCCCUUUUCCUCCUCAGCCUGGUCCUCGCUCUACCUCUGAGCAGUAAAGCACUGCGAUGUUACAGCUGUGUGGCGACUAGUGAAGAAGAGUGCUACAAGCAGGGUACCCACGCGUGUCCACAGUACUCAGAUUUCUGCUCCACCAUCCUUACUCCAAACAGCGUCAUAAAGUCCUGCUCCUACAAGUCUUUCUGCGAUCAAGCUCAGAAUGGAAAUGGGGCCACUAUUCAAUGCUGCUUGUCAGAUGACUGCAAUGGCCCACCCAAGGGGAACAGUGCAGGACUGAAGAACUCUGCUAGCUGCCCAGUGCUGCCUCCUGUCUUGAUUUUCACAGCACUACUGGUCCUCAGACCCCUGUGA